CCGAAAAACUUGGAAAAAGUCUGCAAUCACGAUUUAUUUGAAGGAACAGUCGGUAUCAGUGCAAAUAAGGCUGUCAAUGAAGGAAAAUUAUUAAUAUCAAACCUUCACUCUGGUGUCAUCGACUUUGACGUGAAGGAAAUCUUCUCAGAGUUUGGAGUGUUGAAAAAAGCAGCUGUGCAUUACAACUUUUCAGGUCAAUCACAAGGCACCGCCGAAGUUAUAUUUGCAUCAAAGCAGGCUGCUCUUCGGGCCAUAGAUCAUUAUAAUGCUGUCCCUCUUGAUGGACGUCCAAUGAAGAUACAAAUUGUC